AUGUCUCGUUCAAGAUUCCCUCCUACACCUGCCAUGUCCGGCGAACUGACAAUCAAGGACAAGCCUAUGGAUGGCACCGAUGUCUUUGCUCUUCCACCCGCCGCCAUCAGUCCGCCCGGGGAUGAUUCCUAUAGUCGUUCUUCUUCUCAUUCAGAUCCCUCCUAUGAGUCUGCCUCACCAACCUCGCCCAAUCUGAUCCCUCGUGGCCGCAAUCCGCCUCAUACUUCUUCUUCGCGGUCGGGCACUGCCACAAAACGUCCCUUAGAAGACUUUGACCUACCUCCGCCGCCUACAAGGACUCGCAAGAUCAUCCAAAUGAAGCCUAAGACUCCAGCAGCCUCCAAGUCUCCCACCAAACCCAAGGAGAACGGCAAGAACUCCGGUCAGCCCAUCGAUUCCACCACCCAGGCUGGCCCGGCCAACAAAAAGAAGCCAACUGCAACGAGUGCCGCAGGACGCAAAAUUGCCCGCAAGACUGCCCACAGUUUGAUUGAGAGACGCCGCCGUUCUAAGAUGAACGAGGAAUUUGGUACAUUGAAGGACAUGAUCCCAGCCUGUCGGGGACAGGAGAUGCACAAGCUGGCUAUUCUUCAGGCCAGCAUCGACUAUGUCAACUACCUAGAGCAGAUCAUCCAGGACAUCAAGACGGACGGUACCACCAAAACCGCUGCACCGCCAUCCCCACCAUCUCCAGAUUUUAUCGCUGAAGGAGUAGAAACCUCCAACCGGCCUCCGCAACGCCCUCCAUCUUCCGUAUACUCAUACUCCGAAUCUGGUUCACCUGAGAUCCUACCACCAAGCGGGCAGAUGUCCGAUGUAUCUCCCUCAUUCUCCCCUCGCACCCGUCUGCCUUCUGUGCAUACAUUGUCCGAGAUCCCUUCCAUCCUGCCCAGCCCGGCACUUGGCCCCUCCUAUCAUUCUAUGGACAAGGUGCAAGACCUGCAGGGUAUUGAUCACGAGGCCUCAGCCGCCUUACUCAUGCUGACGCGGGAUCGCCGGGGUACCGCUGACUCGAUUAGCGAGCAUUUCCCUGCCAGCACGGCUCUUGGUCCCACGCCUGAGAACUCCAACGGGGUGUCGGAUUCCGAAAGGAGAAAAGGCAUGAGUGUUCGCGAUCUUCUUAUUUCAUGA